GGGGCGUCGCCCGGCUGCGGUCCCUCUGCAGAGGGUUGCUCGCUCCCGGUGCGCCGCUGCCUUCCCGCCCGCCCCGCGAGCGCCCCCGCGACCUCCGCGGCAGCGUUGUCCAGGGACCCCGACACCCUCGGUUGAUCGUUAAAUAAAGCAAAAAUAUAUCCAGUAAAAGGGCUUUCAUGAAGAAAUUAAAGACAGAAAUUACAAGUAAUAGAGAAACUAGGUAUUUGUAUAACUGGAGAAACCACCUAAAAUAACCAUGGAGUAAGACAAAAGGAGUGACUACAUCUGGAAGAAAUUUUAUUUAGUGUUUUUUUUUUGUUGUUGUUGUUAUAAAAGGCUGCUAAGGAAGAGAGGCAGUAGUUUCUAGAGAAAGAAAGAGUAUAAUGUCAAAAUGGAGACUACAGUUUCUGAAAUACAAGUAGAAAGCAAGGAUGAGAAGAGAUCAGCAGAAGUUAGUCCUCAGGAUGAGAGGCAGGAGGAAAAAGCAUCGAUGCUUUGCUUCAAGAGAAGGAAGAAAGCAACCAAAGCAAGGAAGCCCAAAGCUGGCUCUGACGCUCCUGAGGCAGCAAGGAAAUUUCCCCCAGAAGCGGGAGCUUCUGAUCAGCCACAGCCCCCAGGGGGAGCCUGGGUUUCAGUCAAACGCCUUGUAACACGCAGGAAAAGAUCAGAUUCUUCAAAGCAGCAAAAGCCCUGUAAGGCUAAAGUGCAGCCUGAAAGCAAGGAUGCUGAUCUUUCUAAGAAAAAGGCAAAAUCCAGACUCAAGAUUCCCUGCAUAAAAUUCUCAAAAGGGGGGAAAAGAAGUAAUCAUUCCAAAAUUAUAGAAGACUCAGACUGCAGCAUUAAAGUCCAGGAAGAGGCUCAAAGUUUGGAUAUAAAAACUCCAGUCCAGUUGGAUGACCAGGCAACAAAGACCAAGUCAACUCUGGAUAUAAGGGAAGAUGUCUCACAGAAAGAGGGUGAUGAGGUCUGUGAAUCAAAUGUGAACAAGAGCAUAACUUCUCCUGGAGAAAAAGUGAUUUCAGUAGAACUUGAGUUAGGUAUGGGGCAUUCUGCUAUUCCAACCGGAACGCUAAUCCUUGAAAAAGAUAUUGAAACGACUGAAGAAAAACCAAGCAUUCAACCUCAGCAAGGGAGCCCACUGGAAACCUCAGACAUAGAACAUCCCCUCCCAGUGGUUUCUGAUGUUCCUCCCUUACCUGCAGUCCCAGAUCAACAAAUUGUGGAAGAAGCCAGAAGCAGUAUCCUAGAAAGUGGACCAGAUUGGAAAGACCAUGAAAGUAGAGAGAUUGUAGCUGAGGAGAGUAAGCCAAAAGAUACUGAAUUGAGCCAGGAAUCAGAUUUUCAAGAAAAUGAGAUCACUGCAGAAAAACCCAAACCAGAAGAAAGCAAAAGAAUGGAGCCAAUUGCUAUUAUUAUCACAGACACUGAAAUCAGUGAAUUUGAUGUUAAGAAAGCUAAAAAUGUCCCUAAGCAAUUCCUAAUUUCAAUUGAAAGUGAGCAAGUAGGGGUUUUUGCUAAUGAUAGUGGCUUUGAGGGUAGAACUUCAGAACAAUAUGAAACACUCUUAAUAGAAACAGCUUCUUCUCUUGUCAAGAAUGCUAUCCAGUUGUCUAUAGAACAGCUGGUUAAUGAAAUGGCCUCUGAUGAUAAUACAAUAAACAAUCUUGUACAGUGAUUUAAUUUCUAGAUCAUGGGAGGAAAGAAAAGCUUAAUGCACAUAUUGAGACAUCUGGCAGAAGAACCUUAUCUGAUUUUGGAACCAAACAAGAUAAUGGGUAAGAUUCUUUGCUGAAGUGUAAAACUAUUCCCCCCAUAUUUUUCUGCCACUGUGCUUACACUUUGGGUGGACGAAGAGGGAAACUACCAAAAUCCUUCAGUUUAGCAAAAUGAAAAGUCGAUCCCUCAAAACAUGACCCAAUAAGUCAACAUUAAUUGUAUAACUUUUAAACAUUUUUUAAAAAAAGACCACUAAGUCAUCCUCCCUAAAGAGAAUACUCCUAAUUUGCUAUAUGUGGUGCUAAUGGACUUGGACAGCUGCCAACAGCUGCACAUUUAAAGUGAACAAUUUUUAAAAACUGAUUCAAGUUGAUGCAUUUUACAGUGUUUUGAAGAAUCCUGAUUUCAUUUACUGCAAGGUCAGCUCAAGCCAAUAUACUUUCAUUGUAAGUUUUUAGUAAUUUCUCAUGAAUGAGCAAACAGUAUAGCACUUACCAGUUACUGAAAAUAUUUUCAAAUGUUUAGGCAUAUUUAUUUGUUUUAAAACAGAUGUGAGGUAAAUAUGUAUAAUGAAUUUUUUAAAGUGACAUUUUAUCUAAGUAGUCCUAGGUUUCUACUUUUUUUUCCCCCACUGUAGUGUGACAUAUUUGAUUGGAGUGUAUUAUAAUUGUUUUGUGAUGAAAUGUGUAUUCUAUUUGCAUUCAUUUAGUUUCUCCUCAGUCUUUUCUAUUGAGAAUAUCUGUCAAAUUAAGUAAGUAGGGUUCCAAUUUGAAAAAGGAAUCCAACUUGAAAGAUAUAAUCUCAAUCUGAUUAUAUCUGCUACCUGGCCAAAUCCUACUACAGUGAAUUCUAAGAUGAUCUAAAUUGUUUUGUUAUAGAAAUAAUUAGGAAUCAGAUAACUUAGAAGUCUCAUAAAAUAUUUUUUAUUUUAAUGUUAUUUUAAGCAAUUUGACCUUAUAUGCAAGACAUUAAAUGAACAUAAAUAGGUUCUUAUUCAAUUCUUAUUUCAAAGGCAAUAGCACCACAUUAAUUCUCCUUUAUAUUUGCUGUGGUAUAAGUGCUGCUUUUAGUGAACAUUUAUUAACUAGCUGCGAUUCAGUUUUUCUUUGAAUUUUACAAGGCAGGUUGGUUUAUCAGAUAGGUACUCAUUAACACUUUUAGCAUUAUUAUUGUCCCCCUUUUAACAGUCGAGUAUUAUUCAGUUUGCUUUACAACAGCAAAUAUGAAAAUCCUCCUCUAUUUUAUGUAGCACUAUUCACUUAACAUUUUCUCAAAGUACUUUAUAGGAUAUAAAAAUAGUCCCUGGUAACAUUUAAGUAAAGGUAGCAGAAAACAAAAGAACUUCCAAAGAGAAAUUAUAUUCCCUCCCACCUCCUCCACCUCAAAGAACAAUAAGCAUGUGGCACAAAUGGAGUUCUUCAGAAAAGCCGUAUGCAUAAUUUUCUUCAAGGUAAUCUAUUUGACAGCAUGAAGUUUUGAUCUUAUUCAGUGUGCUAUUCAGUGAAGUCUUAGAAAUGCUCUGAUUUGUUUCGGAGAGAUUAAGUCAUUAAGAUAAAUUGUGUGAAUAGCCUUCCUGCUAAAGGAAGAGAUGGGUCAUGAGGAGUCCCCUGGUGGCCUAGUGGGUUGCAGAUCUGGCUUUUUCAUUGCUGUGGCUCCAGUCCCUACUAUGGCCAGAGUUCAGUCCCUGGCCCAGGAACUUCCAUGUGCCUCAGGCAUGGCCGAAAAAAUAAAGGGAUGGAUCAUGAGAGGGCACCAGUCAAGUCUGGCUUCUGCACAAAAUCCGGUGUUAACUUCAUAAGUUUCUAACUUCAAGUUGCCUUAUUUUUUAUAGUUAAGAAUUAGUUUGGGGGGGGGAGUUUACAGCAGAAUUUUUAACAUAAUUGUUAGGCUUUAGAAUUGCAUUGUUUGAAAAGAUCCUUUUAAUGUCAACUUUAUUCAAAUGUGUGUGAAGUCUGCUUUCUAAUUUCACCUGAUAACACAUUAGAGGUGGACUUUUCUGCCUGCCAUUUCUGCAUUUUUAAAAAUCCUCAUUUAAGGUUUAGAGUUCUUUUGGUUAGAAUUCCUAUGAUGUUUUAUUGUUAAUAUGAAGUUUAUUAAACAGAAUUCAAAAUUUCAAUAUAUAGUACAUUUUAUGGUACAUUUUUGAAAAGAAUUUUUGUAAUCCUUAGUUUAAAAAAAUUAACAAAAGGAAGCUACUGACAUUUAAAUUCAAUUUAUUCAGUAUGUGUUAGAUAUGACACAUGCAAAACACUGUUUGAUAAAGGAGACAGGCUCCCUUCUCUCAAGGAGUACAACCUGAGAAGCAUUAGCAACCAGAACUGGGACGAGGGUUAAGGCAAAGAACCACAAGAAAUGCAGCACUGUGAGUGUAUUGGGGGAGAAUAAAGAGAGAGCAAUUCAUUUUGUCUGGUGUGAGAAGAUGGUCAUAUAAAUACAGGGGCAGUUUGACAGCAUUCACUCUGAUUUGUGAACAGGUGCAGAAAAAAGCCUGCAUAAUGUUACAUAUUUAUAGUAGUUCUUUGUAAAAAUGUUAAGUGGAUGAGCUAUUAUGAAAGCAAAAGUUCCAAUUUGUAUUUCUCAUUAAAAUUAGUACUAUAUUACUGUGGAUUAGAUGUGAAUAUUAAAGAAUACUCUGUAGAAAAAAAGGUUUCGUCUUGAAUUAACAUAUGUACUAUUAAUAUAAAAAUAAAUGUUAUCUUGGAUCCUGUUUA